UCAUAAAGUUUUCUUAAGUAUGAAAUUCGCGAUUUUAUCCUGGAUUAGUUUGGCGAUGCUAAUUUGCAUCGCCGAGGCUCAAGUCCCGGGUCAACCCGAUUCCCUGAGUGCCGCCCAAGGGGGCGUGGGCACGGCGGCGGGGGCCGGUGGACAAGUUGGAGGAGCAGCCACUCUCGGCGAGGACGGACCCGGAGCUGGAAUGUCCGCUGGCAUUGCAGCGGGAGCCGAAAUGGGCGCCAAAGCCCAAGCCGGAGGCGCUGGAGCUGUGGACGUAGACGCUAGGAGCGGCACUUCCGUUUGAAAUUCCAUUUGCCUGCGCUAUUUAUUCAGACCCCUCACACUUGUGCACUCGAAAAUAUAUUGAAGGAAAAGGGGAGUCAAUAUAACAGUACUUAAUAUCAGUAAACAACCGCUGGAUUUUAGGAAAAGGAAAAGAAAUACGUAUACACUGUUUAUUUAAUCCAUAAAACAUGUCAAAUUUUGUUUAUCGAACGUUCCGCACUCCAUGACACAUCGAUGGCGCCAGUUUUUAGAGAGCUCAAUGUCAUAAUUGAUUUGGAAUUGCGGGGCGUCGCCACGUAAUUGGCCGCUCACCCCCUCCGGACACAUUGAAAAUCGGCUCACUUCAAAUAAAAGGCAAACACACCGAAAUACGAAUCGUUUUGGCAGCUCAAAUUCCUUUUAAUGCCAUUUUAUGAAAUACACCUCAAAAUGUAUCGAUUGUACCGCCGACAGGUGCAUGUGCCUUGGGGAAAAAUAGAAAUAGAAAACUCAUCAGUAAACGUUAAAAAUAUGGACAGAAUUUCCACAUAAAUCAAAUAAAUAAU